AUGGUUGUCCGCUGUAACGGGGCAUUUCAACGGCAGAUUGCCUACGAAUAUAUAACGCCACUCGCGGACACGCACAUACAACCGUCCAAACCAAAUGUCUCAAAAGCCUAUAAGGCAGCGAGUGUCGGUAGCAUGCACGACAUGCCGCCUGAGAAGAAGCCGGUGCGACGGCCAAUUGCCGGAAUGCAGUACGUGCGUCCGGCUAGGAAAGCAAUGCCGCCAACGAAACAUUAUAUCGAAGCCCUCCAUGCACGCGUCAAAUCUCUGGAACGCCAACUACAUGCAUGCCAACAACACGGAUCUCUGUCUACCGCAUUGGACUUUGUGAACAUAAGCCCCAGUGUUGCUCCAACCCUAGGCGGAGAGGACGCCCGUCCUGCCCAAUCUCAUACUCGGGAACUGGAUCUAUGGCCCACGACAGAGCGAGGCCCCCUUGACGAGUUGACAGAGACUGCGGGUCAAUUGGACAUUGCUGAGGACGGCCAUCUACGAUUCUUCGGCGCUCCGAGCUAUUUCAAUCUCCUUAAGAGUGCCCCUUAUUUGACUACCAGGAGCACCAAGCAAGACGACUUGGACCUGACAAUGCAACCGAACACGAUUGAUGUUGAUCUCUCAUACGAACUGCAAACUCACCUACUGAACUUAUUCUGGAGGUGGCAGAAUCCCUGGCAAUAUCUGAUUCAUCGACAAGCCUUUUGUCGAGCAUUCGAGAGCAGGUUGUAUGACGAAUACUGCACCCCGCUUCUUCUCCGCUGUGUGCUCGCUCUGGGCAGCAGAUACUGCGAUCACCCAGGGCCUCGGCUGGAUGCGAGAGACGCAAACACGGCUGGUGAUCUUCUGGCUGCUCAAGCUAAGGAUAUCUUGAGCGUCGAGAUCGAACACCCAUCCACUUCCACGACGGCUGCACUCGCCAUCUUGGCCCUACGGGAGAUGUCCGUCAACAAAGAGACCCUGGGAUGGAUUUAUAUUGGGAUGGCAGUUCGUAUCGCAUAUAACCUAGGCCUGAAUUUGGACUGCCAAAAAUGGGUUCACCGGAGUAAGAUCACUGAAGAACAAUCCGAGAUUCGAAGAAUUACUUGGUGGGGCUGCUAUCUUCUAGACAAGCUGUUUAAUAUCGGACUGGGACGCCCCAGCAUGAUACGCGAGAGCGACAUCACCGCGCCGAAACCGACUCUCCUCAAGGAAGAAGAGUUCUCUCCCUGGACAUCGAUCGAAGGUGGAGAGUCCACCCAGCCGCUUGCAUCCCACUGUGUAACGAACUUGCGGUACAUGACGACAAUCUUUCAGCUUGCGAGCCCGACUCUGGACAGUAUAUACGGUCCGAACAGCGAGCUCAGCUUCUCCGAGAAGCAAGAAAUGGCCACAAAGACCCACGUUACCCUGACCGAGCAAUAUUCGAAUCUGCCUAGCAUAUUGAAACUGCCUCACUCGACGAAGACGGCUCUUCCCGCCCACAUAUACUCGCUCCAUUUGCAGUAUCACACGGUCAUCAUCUUGCUGCACCGGCCGUUCCUCCGUCGCGAAGAGCAAUUGGCUUCCUUUCCUGACCUUGACCCCCUCUCUCAUCGUCACAUCUGCACUUCCUCUGCCGAGGCUGUCUCCAGCAUCCUCAGAGCUUAUCGGUCCAGCUAUACAUUGAGAAGGAUACCCAUAUCGACGGUUCAUGCAGUGGGCACUGCGUCGGUUAUCUUGCUGUUGAAUGCCACCUCGAACGACGCCGAGAUCAGCCGCGCGGCUAUCCGACUGCUGAAAUUCAACAUGGCAUGCCUGCAGGAGAUGAGCACCGCGUGGUCCUGGAGUCUCCGCGCGAUCCGCUCCUUGCAAAUCCUUGCCGAAAAAUGGGCCGUGAACGAGAAACUACAUGCCCAGAAUAAUCACAAGGCGGAGAAUUUAAUGCCGACUGGCCUAGCGAUGCACGAGCUGAAUAUCGGAGGGCCAGGUCCUGGUAACGACAACAGUUCUAACACUACCCAUGCCCCUAUUGGCACAGCCGCAGCCGCCGCGUCCCCAACGUCGCCGGACAAUAUUGACUGGCUGCUCUCGUUCGACAGCGUGUUCCCGGACCCUCAAAUGGACUAUGGCUUCUUCGACCAGGAUAUAUGGGAAAUGGAUGUUCCAUGA